AUGGAUCUCAUAAACCGGUCCAACUCUUCGACCACACUUCAACCAGUUCGGCAUGAAACCAAGGUCCUGGCAAAGGAUCCGACCUCCUCGUCUGAUGGUCGUGUAAAAAUUAGUGACACGAGGGUGAGACCUAGUUCGUUGCACCGGAGGAAAAAAAAAAAGAAAAAGGGAAUAGUAAACCUUGUGACAGCACAUCGGGCACUGCUACGCCGCCUGAUGAAGUCAGCCGCCGGCGUCGUACCACACAUCGUCCAAAUCAACGCCGGCACCGUCAUCAACAUCUGGGCCCCAUCCGAGACCCUCCACAAGCCCGCAGUGGUGCUCGUCCAUGGCUUCGCCGCCGACGGGAUCAUGACGUGGCUGUUCCAGGUUGGCCCCCUGAGCAAGAAACACGCCGUGUACGUGUCGGACCUCCUCUUCUUCGGCGGAUCGGCCACCGACAGGCCCGACCGGUCGCCGGAGUUCUAG